GGUUCAUCACCCCGCCGAGGCCAAAGCCCCAAAUGGACCGACACGAAGAUAUAUCAUGGACUUGUUCGUUGGGCUUUGCGGACAGCAUUCCUACGAAACGUGUACCCAUAUGAACGUCUCCUGGUCAGGGCUGGUUCACCUACCUAGCCCGUCAUCGGGAGAAGUAGACGUGAGAAGCGCUGCGGACACGCUGCUGGAAAGGUGCUAUCUGCCACAAGUGUACAGUCAUCUUUUGAGCGGCUUCGCACGCCUGCAGGAUGGGUCUGUAGCGGGUACCAUAGACUUGCGGAGUGUCUCAUGCGCAUUAAGCCCGCGUGCGUUCAAGAUCCCGUGCAGCUGUAGUCUGUAGUGAAGUGGUGUGAGGCUCGCCAUGGUCUUAAGACUGUACCGGAAGAAGUACUGCGCACAGCAUACAUUCACGUUGAGCCAAAUGCCACGAACCCACGUCUUGUAUACGUAUGCGCUCAGGCGGGGAGGGAAUCAGUUCUUUGACAAGUUGAACGUGUUGGCUCACUCAAGGACCGUCCUUUGACAGCUCGGAUUCAGAGGAUCUCACCAGUGCGGACGAGACGGACGUCGGCCAUACUCAGAGUCAGGACCCGCGUGGGCGACAACCUACCCAACGACAAAUUGGGUCGCAGUCGAGAAGGGACAGCAACGGUAACAAUGCAUUUCUUACCAGGCAAGGUAGUGGUCAAUCGCUAUCGAGCAACUCGAGAAGAAGCAGCCCCUCCCGGAUAUACGAGCGACGGACCUUCACGAGAUCACGUUCUCCUGCAAUCAGGCCACCUACCGACGGCGCAGCCAACGGUGCUACACGUCCAGCAUCCCCAUCACUAUUCUCGAGAAAUAGGCACAACCCUGUUGUGGCCAUACGCUCGCUCUUACCAAGUACGACAUGUUUUCACGUCCGGUUACCUGGCACGACUGUCAAGGCAGCUUUUGAUACACGACAAGCGUUCGAGAACACGUUGCUCCUUUGUUCCGUUGGCUACUCUUCGGUCAAAAUACAGGCCUUUGCGAAGGAACCCUUCGAUCCGGACAUGUGGAUAUCCAUAGAGCUCGCAUUACUUGUUGUAGCGUCCAUAGUUUACUGUACCUGGACCAGAGUCUCGUGGACUCGAGUGUCUCCCAGCCUUCCAGAACGACCGCCGACACCACCUUCACGUCCGGCAUCACCCUCCCCGCGCUUGCUGGAUGGGCGCGAAGGGAGACGAGCUCCUACGCAAACCCUCCACCUAAGCGCGCCUAGAAGUCGUGACACAGGCUAUGUUUGGAUGACUGUACCGAAGAAUUAUAGAAACUCGCAGGACGAUGGAAUCCUGACUGGACUCCUCGGUGGCCCUCUCAUAUCCGCUGCGCUCUUGUACAUCUCACUCACUAUGACCGCGGCGGACCCCAGUGGAAACCCAAUGCCUUCUGGCUGGCUCGUCGAAACUCCCAUGACCCUCCCACAUUCUGCGACUGUCGUUACUCCACUGGAGGCGCUUCUCCUCUCGAGGCGCUACUUGGUCAGCCAGGCGACUUUCUGCGCCACCAUCCUCCUGGUACACGUUUGUGCGUCUUGGGUCACGGAAGCCCGACAUCGGAAGAAGCUCGUCGUUCCGGAGGGCGAGGUCAGCUCUGUGCCGCGCAAAGAAGGCCGCAGGACAUACCUGUACAUCCUAUUCACGGUUAGCGUGACACUGUGGAUAUUGUGCGUGCGUAUCGCGCUCAAGGAGGCUAAGCUGGGCAUCUGGCAAAGCAUGUCGUACUUCGAGGUGGUCGCGAGCGCCAUGUUCUUUCAAUUCUCGCUGUACAUCUGUGUGCGGCUCGCUCAUCGAGGAUUCACGUUUGGCGAGCUUGGGCUGGUGGCGUUUGGGGCGACGGUGUUGUUUAUGGAGUUGAUGAACCUGACUAUAGCGAAGCUCUGGCCGCUCACAACUCCUUACAUCAAGACCUUCCGGCUGCCAACGCCACUCCUGGUUUUCCAGAUCGCCCUAAUCCCAGGGUCGCUGCUUACUGGAUUCUUGCUUUCUCCGCUACUAUACCUCUCCCGGCACAUCGCACAGCGACCUGUACGCCGGCUUCGUUACCCACAAGAGAAGCAGAAGCACCGUAGGCUGCUUGCUCUAGGGUUCUAUGUCGGAACCUUGGUCAUUGUGGGGGGUCUCAUCGGCCUCUGGUCGCGCUGGUGUCUCGGCGGUCGCGACCCGUGGGUUUACGUCGUGUUCUGGAUGCUCGAGGGCAGGAACAAGUGGACUCGGCCUGCACUCGUCGCGUACUGGGCGCUUCUGAUCAGCAUCAGUGUCGCGGGGUGGACGAGGCAGCUUGCGAGAAGCAAGCGGUGGAGACAAAUGAACGUCCGCGGAAGUAUACACAUCGCCAACGUGGGAAUGACAGAGACACUGGUCGCGCCUAGCAGCCCGCGAUACGGUCCAGUGCCGGGGCAGUCCAGCUUCAGUGCGAUGAUGCAGGGCCCGACACCGCAGGGCGUCGCUACGAACCCCGCAGGGCAGCCUGGCGGCAUCCCGGCUGUUGCGCCUGUGGAGCCAACCGACCCCGCGCUGGCCGGGGAAGGAAUCGCGGGCUAUGGGAUCAGGCUGCCUAACUUGCCGAACUUGCCUAACCUCCCCGACCUCCCGAACGCCAAUUUCUCCCAUGUUGCGACGGACCUCUUGGACGCGGCCGACAAGCACGUCCCCACGCUGAGCGUGAACGCCCGACGCAAGUUCUUCCACGCCCUUGCGGUGGUCAUGUUUGUGCCAGGGAUCGCUGUAGAUGCGGCCUUUACGCACCUCGCGUUCAGCGGCGCUUUCGCGCUGUUCACAUUCACCGAAUACGUGCGGUACUUUGCCUUGUAUCCCUUCGGAGCCGCCGUCCAUGUCUUCAUGAACGAGUUUCUGGACUCGAAAGACGGAGGCACCGCGAUUCUCAGCCACUUCUAUUUGCUGACAGGAUGUGCGAAUUCGGUCUGGUUCGAAGGGCCCUCGAGGUUACCCCAAUUCACGGGGACACUUGUUUUAGGCGUGGGGGAUGCACUGGCCUCGAUUGUGGGGAAACGGCUUGGGAGAUACCGCUGGUUCGCCGCUAAUCCCAAGACGAUCGAAGGAAGCGCAGGGUUUGUGGUGUCGGUUUCUGUCUGCGCAUGGUUGUUGCGGGUGUUUGGAACGGUCGAAGACUUCUCGAUUCCUCGGUUUGCGAUGGUUGCUGGGCUGGCGGGGGGUCUGGAAGCAUUCAGCGUGCAGAACGACAACCUGACGUUGCCGCUGUACAUGUGGGCGAUGGUGGUUUUGCUAGAUGUUGUAGAUCAGAACGGGGGCGGGGCGUGAGACGGUGUAUGCUGUGCCGCGGAGCGAUGAAGUACUGUACAGUACAUAGCAGCAUAGUAUGUAGAGAAAGCGCCGGAUGACGUCUAUAAUGUGCAUAAGCCACUGGGCGUGGUCUCGCCCUGGCUCG